ACGAAGCAACUCCUGCUGCUGCUUGCUGCUUGCUGCAAACGAAUCUUGGGGCCUGUAAUCUAAGAACUUCAAAGCAGCUGCAGCGCAAUGUUGCGCCUCUGUGGAUUUCGAUUUGGAUUGCUCCUGGUGGCCGUGCAAUUGCUGCAUACGGCAAUGUCUAUGAAAGUUUCUCUAUUUGGCGAUGGCUAUGUGUCGAUGCCGCUGCAGGAGGGCAAAAUGUCAACGAACAUACGCGUCAAGUUUCGCACCAAACAGGAGAACGCUUUCCUCUUUCUGGCAGCGGGUCGGACCGAUUACUGCCUGCUGCGACUAGAGAGCGGAGUCAUCAGUUUCAGCUAUAAAAUCGAACGGGAUGUGGUGCAGCUGCGCUCGCCAAAGAAGCAAAAGCUUAACGAUUUGGAGUGGCACGAUGUGGCCGUGCAACGCUUCGAGAAUAAUGUCACCUUGCAGGUGGAUGGUCACAUUAUGCGCAAACAGCUGCCAGCCGAUUCACCGGCUCUGAAUGUACAUUUUGGCACCUUCCUCGGAGGCGUUGGCGAUUUUUCCGCCGAGUUUCUCAAUGAUGUCAUUGGCUUUCGCGGCUGCAUAUCCGAUGUCUUCUAUAACAAUAUCAACAUCAUAAAGCGUGCCAAAGAUCGCACAGGCCACACGACCAGCACUGGAAUCGCCUGGAUCUGUAGCAAUGAGUUCGAUGGCGGUGUUGAGGACAGCAUCAGUUUCUUGAGCAAUGAUUCGUUUGCACUCAUGCUCAAGGAAUCCCAUGCCAUGGGCGAAACUCUCUCAUUGCAAUUUCGCACGAUGACGGAGUCGGGCACGAUGUUCUUCAAUGGUGGCUAUGACUUUGUGCUGCUGGAGAUUGAGGAUGAGAAACUUAAGCUGACGUUCAACAAGGCCGGCAGUGUGGUGCAGUUUGUGACAAAUGAGACCAUCUCCGAUGGCGAAUGGCAUCGUGUUAUGCUGCGCUAUAAUGCCGACAUGGCGGAGUUAACACUCGACGAUGCCCAAUUGCCGUAUCGCGGCGAGCAUGCUAAUGAGACAAAGGCGAGCAUUAAUCUCGAGAAGAGCGUCUUCUUUGGCGGCGUCCAGGAGGAGAUGCGUCGUCGUCUCAUUAACAAGGGACUGCGCAUCAAUGAGCUCAGUUUCAAAGGUUGCAUGCGAAAAUUGCAGGUGAAUAGCCUGCCCCUGGGCUUUGGUCAGAUGACCAUCUCGCGCAAGUUAUCACUGAACUGUGUGUGGAAGUAUCCUUGUGUGGAGCACAAUCCCUGUUUGAAGAGCGGCAUUUGCAGUCAACGUGGCGUCGAUGAGUUCAUCUGCUACUGUGAUCAAUCCUACUGCAUUAAGGCUGAUUUUCAAGGUCCUUUCAAAAUCUUCACGGAAAUCAGCCCGGAGCUGGAGCUUCUAUACGUUUCACCUAUGCAACUUCUAGAGGGCGGCACCGCCUUCCUCUCGCCUCAUAUUAUUAAUGUUCUCCUCGACACUCGACGCUAUCCCAGUCUCAAUGAGCAAUCGAUUGUCUUUCAUGUGGUGCAGCAGCCCAAAUUUGGACAGCUCCUACAAUACUCGGCGGAGAAAGCCAACUUUGUGCCUUGUCGCACAUUCUAUCUGGUGGAUUUGGCAACGGAUAAACUGAAGUAUGUGCACAAUGGAUUGGAGAACUUCAAUGAUCAUGCAACGCUGGAUAUGCAAAUCUAUGGGGAUCAGCACAAGAUACCAGAAAAUAUUCUUGGCAAGCAUCGCUUCCUGCUCCAUGCGAAUAUAACAGCUGUAAAUGAUCCUCCCCAGCUGCAACUGAACUCCCACAAAAUCCUGAGAGUCAUUGAGGGCAUUGAGCGAAUACUGGAUGUGGAUCUGUUUAAUAUAACCGAUCCGGAUAGUGAACCAAGUGAUCUGAUCUAUACCAUAAUGCCAUCAGCGAAUUCCCUGGAGGCCUUUGGCCGCUUUAUGGUGGGUGGCAUAGACACGAUGACCUUCUCCCAGGCGGAUGUGAAUUUUGGCAAAGUAUCAUAUUUGUACAAUUCCACUGCAGCGGAAUCCUUUAGCUAUCAGCUGCUCAUGCAUGUCUCCGACGGUAUUGAGACAAGUGAUACGGUUUAUUUGCCUGUCUCAGUGCAUCCUCUCGAGCUGCGUGUGGUCAACAAUACGGGUCUGAUUAUGAUCCACAAGAGUUCGCUUCUAUUGACACCCGCUAAUCUCUCCAUUGGCACAAAUGCCGUCGAUGAGCACAUUGAUAUACGCUAUGAGAUUGUGAAGCCACCGGCACAUGGUGUGCUGCAGCGCUUCCGACAGAUUGAUGGCACCUGGGUGAACGUGGAAUGGUUCACAGACAGCCAACUGCUGCUGGGCCACAUACGCUAUCUGCACAGCAGCGAUUUCCCUUGGCAAGACGAAUUUAAGUUUAUUGCCUCAUUUGGCUUUGUGAUGACACAAACCUUUGACUUUCGGAUAACGUUCACCCGGCUGCGCAUUGCUUCGAAUUCGCCCGCUGUGAUUGCAAUUAAUGGAAGUCGUGAAAUUCUGCUGGCGAACAACUUGCUGAACUAUGAAACGGUGCCGAUUGGCAGUUUUCCACGCAAUGUGAUCUACAAGAUCACCAAGCCAACGAAAUACGGUGGGAUCUAUGUGGAGGGGUCACGGAAGGCGGCCAAGGAGAUGGACUCAUUUACACAGCAGGAUAUAGAUAAGAGGCGUAUACACUAUAAGACUCAUCACAGCUGCUAUUCGAGCUACACGGAUCAUCUGGAGUUUGUCGUUUCCGUGGCGGAGUGCGAUGAUCUUGUCGGCAAGCUGCAAAUCAUAUUCGAUCCACUCGAGGAGCUCACUCACAAGCUGCACUAUCAGCAGUUCGAGGUGUUGCAGGUGCAGGAGGGCGAACGAGCUCUGAUUACGAAGAAUCACUUCGAGAUACGCUUCAACAUCUAUGAGAGUCUACAGUUUCAGGUGUCGGUGCCACCACAGCAUGGCUUAGUUUGUGUCUAUGAUGAGCAGACGGGCUUGACGACACCCAUUGAGCUGUUCACCCUGGAGCAGCUGUUCCGCAAUGAUGUCUACUACUGUCACGACGAUACUGAGUCAACUCUGGACGGCUUCGAGCUGCUUAUACUCUCGGGAGAUGAGACGGAUCUGCAGUUUGUAGCGAAUAUGGAGGUGCGCAUUAAAUUGGUCAAUGACAAUGAACCCUAUCGCACCGCUGUGGAGCGUGUUUUUCAUGUGGUGCGGAAUGGCAUACGCACUUUAAAUCCCACGGUGCUACAGUAUCUUGAUGCGGAUGUGAAUACGAAUCAUACGGAUAUACACUAUAUCCAUGUGUCUAGCACGAAUGGUGCCUUCUAUAAGUCGGGUCACUUUGUCGACAGUUUCAGUCAGGAUGAUAUUGCCAAUCGCAGGAUUAUGUUCCAGCACAGCGGUGCAGAUGUGGGCACUGCUUCCUUUAUUGUCACGGAUCGGGAGCAUGAGGUUAAUGGUCAACUGGAGAUACGCGCCUCGGAUCCAUUUGUGUCCAUGCUGCCAGCGAAUGCUUCGAUUGUCCAGGAGGGCAAAUUUGUGAUACUCAAGAAUAAGGAUUUUGUGCUAGAGACCAAUUUGGAUAUGAAACUAGAUGAGAUCUACUAUGAGGUAAUCAAGCCACCCUCCUAUGGCAUUCUCAUGUACCUCAGUGGACAGCGCGGUGGAUCGGAUAGAGAGAAUAAUACUAUAAUGCAAAAGGUAACCAAUUUCACAUCCUUGGGCAAUUUUACGCAUUUGGAUAUUGAACGCGAACGUUUGGUCUAUUGGAAUACAGAAAUCGCAUCGAUGGAUAAAGUGAGAUAUCGUGUGCACAUUAAGAACAUAACGGCUGAGGGUGAAGUCAUCUUUAGGAUAUAUCCCUCAGCGUAUUGGGAGCCACUCCAUGUGAAACAGAAUCACACGCUCUACGUUGAGGAAUCAACGAGUGUUCUAAUCUCACGAGAUAUUUUAGAGGUCGUGCAUCCAAACAUCUCCCCUGGCGAUAUUACGUUCCUGGUAACCUCUUCACCCAUGCAUGGCUAUUUGGAGAUGCAAUCGAUGUCCUUUGAUGAUGAAUAUAACUGCAAAGUGUUCGAUCAGUCGUCGGUGAAUACGGAAAAGAUGUUCUAUAUACAGGCGGGCGUUAAUCAAUCAUCCGAUUACUUUGUCUUCGAUGUGACCAAUGGGAUUACGUGGCUGCGUCAGCUGAUGCUCAAGAUAGUCAUCAUUCCCGAGAAGCUUUACAUGCACACUAACAUCAUCUCGGUGGUGGAGGGGAAGACGGUUCAGUUAAGCUCUACAGAUAUACAACCCUAUUCGGAGUAUUAUCGUGGCAAGAUCUUGGAGUAUAUAGUCACCAUAACGCCCAGUUCGGGUCACAUUUUGGCGGGCAGUUCAAAGGUCAAACGGUUCACACAAAAGCAACUGGAACAGGGCAGCAUUCAGUAUGUGCACAAUGGCAGCGAGAACGCAACGGAUUCCCUGACAAUGGUUGCCAUGGCCAGGAACAAGGAGAGCGUCCCCUUCGAACUGGAAUUGGCAGUCGUGCAGGUCAACGAUGAGGUGCCCAGGAUGGUCACAAACACAGGUCUGCAGGUGUGGAAUGGCGGACGAUAUGUCAUCAAAAAUACAGAUCUAUUGACACAGGACUACGAUACGCCACCGGAGAAUCUGACGUAUAUAGUGCAUCACAUUUAUGGUGGAUAUUUGGCCGAGAAAUCGACCACGCUGCACAAGAUCGAACAGUUUACACAGGCGCAAAUAAAUGCAGAGAAAAUAUACUUUAUACACGAUGCGAACUCGCGCAAGAAUGAGUUAUCCUUUGUGGUCACCGAUGGACUCUUCAAUACCAGCAGCCAACUACUCAAUAUCGAGAUAAAACCGAUUGAGAUACUCGUCGAACGAAAUGAGAAUCUGCAUGUUUUUCCCCUAACCAAGAAGCAAAUAUUGCGAGAUCACUUGCACUUCAAGUGCUCGGAUGAGGAGCGCGAGAUACGCUAUAAUGUGACAGUGCCUCCCAGUCUGGGUCGUAUUGUCAAUGAGUAUCUGGGAAAUGGGUAUGCCAAGGAGAUUAGUGAAUUUACGCAGACCGAUGUGGACAAUGGACACAUAUUCUAUGAGCACACGGCUGUCAUUAUGGAGUUUCGCAUCAAUGAUUCCUUCUACUUUGAUGUCAUUGCUGAGCGAAGUGAUCGCUUGCUAGAUCAGAAAUUCAAUAUCGAAAUAUCGGUAUCCUCUGGUGGCUUACUCCGAUUUUUGCCCGUUUCCAAAUUAACUGUCGAUGAAGGUGGUUCGGUGCCCAUUAAACUGGAUUUCUCUAAGAUUUUGGAGUAUUUGAAGACGCGGGCGGGCAUCAACAAUCCGGAACUUUUCAUAGAAGCAGCACAGAAGCCAACGCAUGGCAGCAUUGGACUCGGUCAUGAGUUCAAGUCCAUGCAAAGAUAUCAUCCCAGCGACUUUUUCACCAAGAAGGUUUAUUAUAUACACGAUCAUACAGAUACCCUGGAGGAUACCAUACUAAUGGGCGUAUACUUAACGCAGGGCAACAUUUUUCUGUGCAAUUUGACGAUACCCGUUUCAAUCAAUCCCAUCAAUGAUCAGCCGUUUCAGCUGAUCACCCACCUGCCUCAAAUGAUGGUCGUUGAGGGGGAGAAUCGCACUAUAACAAGGAAUUCCCUGCUAACCGAGGAUAAGGAUACACCGCCCGAGGAGAUUAUCUAUGAUGUGAUGAGCGGUCCGACGCUGGGCGUGCUCAAGAAAUUGAACAAUGAUGGCCAGGCCGUCGAUCUGUUGGCCUUCUCCAAUCAGUUCACACAGGCGGACAUUAAUAACGAUCGCAUUAUCUAUGUGCAUUUUGGCAUGCCGCAGUCCACGACAUUUUGCUUCACUGUAACCGAUGGACAAUUUAAUCCUGCCUAUGAGAUAUUUACGAUUAAAGUGGCGCCCAUAAGUUUGUUGCCAGCUUCCACACAAAUCCCGGUCAGUCUGCAACAGGGAGCGACAAGCGCACCCAUGAAGCUGGAGCAGAUUGGCCUGAGCACCAAUGUAAAGAUGGAUCGCUUGGCAUACAACAUAACCAAUUCUCCACUAUAUGGCAUUAUCCUCUACAAGCAUCAGCCGACUUUGAGAUUCAAUCAGCAGCAGCUGGAACUGUCGCAGAUUAGCUAUAUGCAAACGGAUCUGAAUCGUUCCAAUGAUACGUUCCAGGUUAGUUCCUACGUGCCUGGCACCAACUAUGCCGCCCAAGUGGACGUUGUGGUCAAUGUGGAGCCGGUAAUACAAAUCAAUGAUAUAUCGAUGCGGGAUGCGGAGUCCAGUACGAGUUCGGCGGGGGGAAAGAUUAGAUUGAGCAGCUCCCUGGUCAAUGAUAAUCCACUCUCGCUGAAGCUAAACAAAUUCAAUCCCAAGUUUGUCAUCACACGGAUGCCGGCGACGGGUCAACUGAGAAAGAUUAUACGGAGCAGCAGUGCUGGCAGCCCCGUCUCCAAUCCAUCCGAUGCCCAAAACGAUCGCUCCACGACCAUCUUCUCGUACAAGGAGCUGCGCAGUGGUGUCGUCUAUUUUGUGCCCCAUGCCUCAGUAGAUGACACCGAAUCGGAUAGCGAUAGCUUUGACUACCAGCUGCUGAUUAAGACAGUGCAACCGGCUCAGGCAACCGUUCAAAUCGAGUAUCGUGCCCAGCUGGAAGAUACGGAGACAGUGCAUCUAGGCAAAUCGGAUAUAUCCAUAAAUUAUCUGGCUGUUGGGCUUGCCUUAUUAAUUCUGCUUAUCUUUUUGCUGACCGUGUUGUUGCUAUUGAAAAUGCGAAACAUGCGCAAGCGUAAGGCGGAUAUAUCGAAGGAUCAGCCGCCACCGUUGCCUUGUCCACCGGAUUUGACAUCGGUCAGUCCACAGCAUCAUCAUCACCAUCAUCAUCAUCAGCAACAUCACUAUGCCAGCUCCGAGGCGGACUCGGUGCCAGCCACAGGCAACUCAACGCCAUUGCCGGGCUUCAGUAAUAUACCGCACUGUAAGAUAAUACCCGUGGAAUCAUACAAGCACGAGUAUCCGGACUACGAUCCGGAUGAGGAUGAGACGGAUGAUCAGUGUGAUCCGCAGCAGAUGAUGCUGCCGCAACGCUACAAUCCCUAUCAUGUCGAUCACGAUGCCUGGAGCUCGUCGUGCGACAUGGCCAACGAUUUCGCUGGCUACGCAUCCGUUCCGCAGAGCGGCAUCUCCAUAUCCGGUUCGAUUAGUUCGCCUCCGUCGGCGCCGCCCACAAAUCCGCUGCUGCGCCGCAAUCAGUAUUGGGUCUGAAGAUGAUAUCAACUGGAAUCGGCACAUCAUUUAGUCCAUAACUAUCUAUUUAUUUAGGCAUAGAUUUAUACCGUACGUGCUUAAGGCUGACUUACGAUGAGAUUCGCACGAUUUUAGCUGUAAGCAAAUGGACUUUGUUAGUUUUUAAUGAAGCAUUUGAUAACAAUAUAUUACAUUUAACAUAUCGGAAAGCCAUCAAAUUAAGUUGCUUAUACAAAUUUCGCUAUGCAUGCUAUAUGUUUGCAUAUAGGAGUUAUACUCGUUAGCUAUAAAAGUUUCGAUCAAUUUCAAUAUUAGUCCUAAGUCUUAAUUUGAAUUGCGAAUUUUUUUAUAAUA